CAGUCCUGCAGCCAACAUCUACAGUGAGAAGAGGCUGCAGAGAGGUGAAAGCACCAAAACUGCUGCUGCAUCGGAGCAACAGGACGGAGCGGAUGCCAGGAAAGCAGCAAACAACGGUUUUGGAGAAGUGACACGGUACAUCCCCUUUAAAGGUACAGAGGCAAGUGUCAGCGCAGCCUUCCCUAUAUGGGGGGUGUCCAGCAGUCCCAGGAAUUAGGAAUACAAUGUGAGAAAAGUCUGCUGCAGAUCUCAUCUUUCCAUCCGAACGCAAGAGCCACAGGCUGGACACCUGGACACAGACUGAGAAUGAGGCGCAGGAAAAUCGCUGUGGUUGCUGGUUUCUGUUUGUCCUUCUUCCUUGGCACUGUGCUGAAUUUACUCUGCGUGCCUGGGUUUGACCAUAUCCAGCAGAUACAGGAUAAGGGAGCUGCAGAACCACUAGGAGCAUCAUGGCAAGGCCAGGGGGGCUCCUUGGAUCUACUCAAGCAGCUCCAGGAAAGGUACCAGGAAGUUGUCCGCUACAGGGAGCAUCAAGCGCCAGUAUCGGCUACAGAGAGGCUGCUGAGACCUCUGGAGAGGAGGCUGAUGGACCUAGCCCAACAAUCCUCCGAACACAACCAAAAAUGGGAAAGCCCAAAGAAGUCCAUCUCCGAUCAGGACACUCUUGCUCCAUCUCACCCCAGCUCAAAAAUAGAUUUGUCUCUGCAGCCACCUUUACUAGGUUGCCAAGACAUUAACAAGGGGUCCAACGUUCUUUAUUUGGGUUCUGGUUACACCAAAGCUGUAUACAAAUUGGUCUUGAAUGACACCCUGUCCGUUGCUCUCAAAUCCGUUGAUUUUGGUGGUCACGACAUCCAGAAUUGUGUCAAGCGAUACCGAACUUUGGAGUACUGCUACAGGCUGGCUUCAUUCAAGAUUGUCAAAGAAAUGAUCUUACUACAAAGACUUCAACAUCCAAAUAUCCUGCAGCUACAUGGCUACUGCUACCAGGACAGCAAUGAUAUAGCUGACGCCCUGACUACUAUCACAGAGCUGGGCUCCCCUCUGGAGAUGAUACAGCUUCUACAGUCCUCUUGGGAAGACAGAUUUCGCAUCUGUCUGAGCUUAGUUCGGCUAUUACACUAUUUGGCGCACUCCCCUCUCGGCUCCAUUACCCUUUUGGAUUUUCGCCCUCGCCAGUUUGUGGUCAUUGGUGGUGAAUUGAAAGUAACGGACUUGGAUGAUGCCAGCAUGGACGAGACACCUUGUACCAGCCACGAUAACUGUUUUAUGGAGUUUCCAGCCAGAAACUUUACGCUGCCAUGCUCUGUUGAAGGCAAAUGCCAAAACAUUAACGAGAAGAGGAAUCUUUACAAUGCAUACAGGUUUUUUUUUACAUACCUCCUGCCGCACAGUGCACCAUCCUCGCUGAGGCCGCUGCUGGAUGCCAUAGUCAAUGCCACAGGAGAGCUGCGCUGGGGAAUAGAUGAAACCGCUGCACAGUUUGAAAGGGUACUUUACUUAUACAAGAGCGGCUUGUAUCUCUCCAAUGCCACUAAUGUACCUAAAGCUGAGUACAGUCGGGUAGAAGAUGUUUCUAUAGUAGAAGAUGACUACAGAUGUUGGCCAUCAUAUCAUCACGAUGGAUGUCUCCUCUCUGUGUUUGAUCUAAGUGAAGCAAUAGACAUUUGUGAAAGCCAUUCCCAGUGCAAGGCCUUUGUCUGGACCAAUCAGACAACAUGGACAGGUCGACAGCUUGUCUUCUUCAAAGCUGGCUCAAGAAAUGUCACCCCUGACCAAAACAAAGUUAUAUAUCUAAAAACGACGACAGAUUAACGGACACUUUUCUAGUGAGGGGUGAGGUCUGAUCAAGUUGUGAUGUGGCUUUAUUUGGAGGAGAAAAUGCACUAAUAAUCAUUCUAAUUUCUAGAGUGCGAUACAUUUUUACCUGAAUUGCCUGGGUGGAUGUGCAAUAAAUCAGCAAUUUUUUUUAUGUGACUCAAAAAAGGCAAAAAACCCCAAAA